GGGAAGGGGGUCCUUUUCUACUUCGGCGAAGGAGAGAGGGCUGAGGGUCAUGGUGACGGGCGUCAGCGCCUGAAGCCCAAUUGUCGCCUCUCCCCGUGUGUGUGUGUCUGAGAGAGGGAGCUCCCUGCCGAGGAUCAUGGCGGGGAAGACGGGCGCCAUCGCGGCCGGGCUGUGCGGGGCGCUCUUCAUCGGAUACUGCAUCUACUUCGACCGCAAGCGGCGGAGUGACCCCGACUUCAAGACCCGGCUGAGGGAGAGAAGGAGAAGGCAGAGACUCGCCAGAGAAAAGGCUGGACUCUCUCGGCUUCCAGACUUGAAAGAUGCAGAAGCUGUGCAGAAGUUUUUUCUGGAAGAGAUCCAACUAGGUGAAGAGUUGUUGGCACAAGGUGACUAUGAGAAGGGUGUGGAGCACCUGACGAAUGCUAUCGCCGUGUGUGGACAACCUCAGCAGCUCCUACAGGUGCUGCAGCAGACACUGCCUCCGCCUGUCUUCCAGAUGCUCCUGACCAAACUGCCAACUAUCAGCCAGAGGAUUGUGACUGCACAGACCCUAGUCGAAGAUGAUGUGGAGUGAAGUGAGUUUCCUGCGAUGGUUGGAAGUUGGAUCAGUCACACCACCACCCCUUCCCCCCAACCCCCCUCUCUCUCUCAUUGUAUAUAUUUAGCAUAAAGUGGACUCUGAAUUGAAAUCGGGAAGUAUAAAUUCAAAUGUUGUCGUCUUCAUCACUAUAGGUUCCGGUUGCGUCACUUUAUUUAUUGCACCAGUCUGUUGGCUGUUUUUGAAUACUAAUUCACUGGGUAUCGUGUUGCAGUUAUACUGCUGAAUGUCAUUUGGUUCUCGGCUUAACUAUGUCAGAGAUGUCGUCCUGUACAGGCACGGAAUAUAUUAUGGUUGUUACAAGAAGAGUCCAUUUCUUACACACUUGGAACUUGUUGUCAAGCAAUUCUCCAACCCCCUCCCCACCCCCAGAUCCACAGCUGCUUGAUUGAAAUGAAUGCUGUUAAUCUUGAGAUUUUUAAUAAAUUUAUUAAAUCAAA